AUGGAGGAAUGCUUGAACAGUACAGGAAACAUGUUCUACAUUUCAGCAUUUUCCAUCUCGAAAACUGGACAAUGUCUCCUUUUCAUUGCAGUUCUAUUGAUGUAUUUGAUGUCCAUUGUUGGAAACAUGACCAUUGUUCUGUUGGUAUGUCUGGAUCCCCAUCUUCAUACUCCAAUGUAUUUCUUCUUGAGUAAUCUUGCUAUUAGUGAUGUUAUAUAUGUUUCAGUUACUCUUCCAAAGCUGCUCUUCAUACUCCUAACACAAGACCAUUGGAUUUCUUUCUCUGCCUGUAUGACUCAGUUGUACUUCUUCUCAUUGUCAGCUGCUUCUGAUGUAUUUGUACUGACCUCCAUGUCCUAUGACCGAUACGUAGCGAUCUGUAAACCAUUACAAUAUCCCUUACUUAUGAGUAAAGAUGUAUGCAUCUCAUUGGCUCUGUUUACUUGGCUUAUAUCUGCGAUUAAUGCAAUAAUCAAUUUGUUAUCCACUUCUCUGUUGUCCUUCUGUCACACUCAAAAGGUUGACCAUUUGUUUUGUGAUCAUAAAGCACUGUAUGCAAUAACCUCUAGUGAUGCUACAAGCAGAAAUAUACUUCUGUUAUGUCAGGAUGUAGUGUUGGCAUCUUUUCCUUUUCUGCUUAUUAUGACCUCCUACGUGUUCAUCAUCUCCACCAUACUGAAAAUUCGUUCCUCGGAGGGAAGACUGAAAGCUUAUUCCAGUUGCACCUCCCACCUCACCACAGUAAUAUUAUUCUAUGUUCCAAUCAUUAUAAUUUAUGGCAAACCAGAAUCUGAAGGUUCCAAGGAACUGGACAAGUUGCUGACCUUGCUUUAUAUGGCGGUGGUUCCAAUGCUCAACCCGUUUGUCUACACUUUGAGGAACAAAGAAAUCUUAAAUGCUAUAAUAAGUAUAAAAAGAAAGAGGAGCAUGAUUUUCACAAAAUAAUUUUUCAGCAGAUACUUUAGCUUAUCUAUUUUAUCAGAGCCAGCAUAUUAUACCAUGGAUUCCGCAAGGUGUUGAAAACCCAAUUCAGGGAUUUUGU